GUAACGAAUAUGGCUGCCUGUCAGUCGUCACAAUAGUUUUUCAGACAGCUUUUGAUAAUUUAUUUCUGAUCGACUUCAUUUUAUGUGUAAGAUAUCAUCAAAAAACAUAAUUUUUUGAAGCAUUAUAGGUAAACGCCAAGGAUGACUAACUGGGGAGGAGGUCAGGCCCCAGGGUUGGGACAGGUUCAACAGGCCCCAGGGUCCGGACAAGUCCAGUUCUUUGAUCCAACAGCCUUCCAGAACACCCCUGCCUCCAGCCAGCAAUCGUUCCAACAACAGGGUGGUGUAGGUCAGCAAGCUUUUGCUGGACAGAACCACCAGGUGAAUGCUGAUAACCAGGAAAGCAGUGAAGGAUGGAGCUCCUGGGGUGCGUGGGACCCAGGUGCAAACCCAUAUGCUCAGGAAUUCUCUGGCCAGCCAGACCCUGCGGGCAAAGACCAGUCUCAGUCUGGGGCCUCAGAGUAUCCUACAGCAACUGCUGGGGACCAGCAGCAGUGGUAUGGCCAGAAUCAGUGGAGCCAACCACAGGACAAUAGUGCUAGUGGGAACCAGUGGGAACAGAAUGGCUACAUUUGGGACCAAAACAGUAGUCAGUGGGUCAUAAAACAAGGUGAUUACGGUGCUGGGGGAGAGCAGAAUCAGUAUGCUGGUUAUAAUAACUAUUGGGGUGGACAGAAUGGAAAUGACAGUGAAGGUCAUAAUAACCUUGUUCAGCAUGGUAAUGUGCAGAAUGUAGCUGGUAGAUCUGUCAAUUUUUAUGACCCUAAUGUGCAGUAUAAUCAGCAAACCAACCCACCAAUGAAUAACUUUGCAGUUCCAUUUUCUGAUGUUUCCCAGAGUGAUGCUAAUUCUAGUGAUCAGAGACCUCAUAAUGAACUGGACAAUUCACUCUCUACAGAAGAGGAAAGUCAAAGUACAGCUCCAUCUCUGGGUAACAUUGAGGGUGGAGUGACAGAUGUCUCAUAUAACAAUGAAGACUAUGAUGAGGAUAGUGAUGAUUCUGAUGAAUCAGAGGAAGAACUAUCAGAGUCCCAUGUAGGGUCAAGCAGUAAUCAUAGUGCCGGUGCUACUUUUGAAAAUGAAAAUGAGCAAAACAAGAAAGAAAGUCACGGUUUUAAUUAUAAUCAGGAACAUAUACAAUCUGGUGAAAAUAGCAAUUUUCUUGGUGUAGGUUUACCUGAAAGUGUUAACAAUCAAAUGCAGUUAUUAAGAAUACAAGAUAAUGUUGUGUCUCAACCUAGUGGUCAAAUUCCCGUGGAUAUUAAUUCCAGUAUUCCCAUGUAUUCUGGUCAAAUGCCUUUUGAUCCACAUGCUCAGUAUCAGCAAGAUGUUCCAAUGUAUCAAAAUACCCAAGUAAUGUCAAACCUUCCACCAUCUGUACCUUCAACUGGGGAGAGUUUGCUGAAUGUUCCUCCUUCUGCAGAGAGUGGUGGUUCCUGGCCUCCAACACAGGAGAGUUACUCAAAAGAAAGCAUUGAAGAGCAACCUGAGAGUCAACCACAAGCAACAACUACGCCAACCUUCAGUGACUGGGAACUAGUGCCAAACAGUGAAGUUGAGCAACCACUAGCUGCACAACUGGAAACGCCUCCUGUAGCACAAUUGGAAACACCUCAUGUAGCACAAUUGGAAAUGCCUCCUUCAAGUGUUCACAGUAGAAAUGCCUCCAUUGAUAACAAUGUGAAGUUCUUUAUCAGUUCAAACAAUAGCUCGGCUAGAGGGUCGCCUUCUAGCACUGGAAAAGCCACUGAGGAUGACCUUCUACAGGAGCAUGAAAAUAAAGUGACCAAUCCUCGCAUUCAGAAACCUGUAAACAAAGAAAUACAUGACAAUAUUGCCAAAUCCGAAGUUGCUCAAAUAAGUGCGCCUCCUCCUCCAAUGGCAGGCAGUGGGCCAAAGGGAGGUAACCCAUUCAGGAAAGGUAAACUUGAAGUUGGUCAGGAAGAUGUCAGUCUUCUGUCUUCAACCCAGCUUGAUGUCACCAAGCCAAACUAUGAGAAUAGCCCUGUGGUGUUAAAUCAGUCAAUAUCACCUAUAAUGGGACACAUAGACCAAAACAAGAUGAGAGACCAAUCUGAGAGUCCUGAUUUAAAUGAUGAUAAACCUCAAGGAAAUAUAACAGAUACACCUGUCUCAUCACAGUCAAAGAAAACCAUUGGAAAUGUCAAACAAAGCCCUAUUAUGCCAAGAAAGGAAAGUGCCUUCCAGCCUCUAAAACAAGAAGGUAAAAACAAACCAGUCAAGGCUUCCCAUGAAAUUCCCGGAAUAGCUGAACAGGAACAGAAGUCAAGGCCAAACACUGGAAAACCUUCAAGUGGGGAGAGAAGAGGGAGAUAUUCACCUGAUAUGGACAAUGGUAGAGGUCGAAGAACACCAGAAUGGGAAAGUCAAGAUAGGCAGGCAGAAAGGAAAGGAGGUUCAGAAUAUGAUAAAAAAUAUGGAAGAAGAACACCUGACUGGGAUUCUUCACAACGCAAAGGAGGUCGGAGAAGCCCUGAUAGAGAAAAGGACCGGUAUGGGCGGAGUUCUGAUGGGGACAAGCUGACCUCCAGACCCCCGGCUGGGCCCUACGGUGGGGACAAGGAAAGGGAUCGGCCUUCCAGGUCCCGGCAAUCAGCAUUCCAUCAUAUACAUGUGAGCAGAGGCAAGAAUAAUGUGUCACCAGCUGCCUCCCUGCUUGACGUUGCUGAUGCCCCAGCUAUGCCAAAUAUACUGUUAAUGCCUGUAGCAUCAGCUGCUGGGACUGGAAAUAAUACAAAUGUCAGUGAGGCAAAUGCUCCAUUAGAGCUCAACCCUAUUGUUUCUCUGAUCAGUUCCAUGAGUGAGCAUAUCAAGUCAGAUGACGUUGAAGAUGGUAAAGAUAACAGUCAUUCGAGGAAGAAAGAUGAUGAUGAUAGAGACAAAAGUAGAAAGGAUAAAGAAAGAUAUAGAGAUAAAGACUCUAGUGAGCGGGAACGUUACAGGGAUGAUCGUGAUUAUAGAGACUCUAGGGACCGUGAUAGAUAUCGUGAUAGAGACCGGGACAGGGACGGUAUCCGUGGAAACCAUUCAUAUGACAGUUUGCGUGAUAGAAACUUGAAGGAUUCAAGAGCCACAUCACGAGAACAGUUGAGUAUGUAUGACUCGAGGACUUCUCUGGAUCAGGAUGAUUCACGAGACCGAGGAAAGCGCGUGGAUAGCAAGGAACGCAGAUACAGAGACGACCAUGAUAAAUACAGGGACCGAGAUCGACCAUCCAGUCGUGGAUCGAUACUGGACAGUAGUAGUAGACGAGACUAUCGUGAUCGGGACAGGGACCGGGAUCGAGAGUACUACAGGAGAGAUCGAUAUGAUCGCGACAGGCCCAAGUCCAGACAAGGUGAGCGAGACCGACCAGUGUCACGCAUCGCCGACUCAGAGAGACCUCGUUCUAGGAACGAUUAUGACAAAGACUACAGGGACAGGACCAGAGUUUCAGGGUAUGACUAUGAUGAAUACUAUCGGCGUGCUCCCCGGGAGUACUAUGACCAACGUUACUAUGACUACUACUAUGGCACCUAUGACCAGAGUUACUAUGGCGACCAGAGCUACUAUCAGGAUGUUCCAAGGUACCCUGACCCCUACCAGCGUCGACCCCGCACGGGGACACCAGGGUCUCUUUCGGAUGGGGGACAGGAAAUCACUAGUCUAGCAGAAAAGAACAAAACACCCGAUGUGAAAUCUGAUAAAAAGAAGAGAUUUGACUACCCACCGGAAAUUUACGACUACUCGCGGAGCGGGUACGAGGACUACUAUGGUUACGAGCAGAAUGGCUACAGAUGGGACCCCCAUGUCUCUGCUUGGGUGGAGACCACAACUGAGGUGAUACCCCAAAGACAGACCCCUGAGAAAUUCAUGAUACCUCACAUGAGGGCCUGUUUUGGUCCAAAUGGUCAACUUGUCAAGGUGCUACCCAACCGGCCAGCCGAUGGUCAGCCCGCCACAGUGGAGAUACACAGUGUACAGACAUUGCUUGACGGGAAUGAGGAAGCCGAGGAGUUAGAGGAGUAUCCUGGUCCCCUUGUCAGGGGUGACACCCACAAAAACGAUGUGCUGAACUUCUGCCAACAGAAGGCCAAAAUGUGUGUGGAAAACAUGGACCUCCAGGACCGCGAUUCUGCGGAGCUCAUCUGGAGGUUCCUUGAACUGCUUAUAAAACAAAACGGGACUGUAGUGGGCACAGACAUAGCUGACCUUAUACUUCAAGGCCACGAGCCAACGACCCUUGAGUACCGACGCUCAGGUAUGAAGAUCACGCCGAGUGUGGAUGCCCUGGAUGCUGACGAUGGGGAAAGUGAGGACUCCUCGCGUUUGUCAAGGGGCACUACUCCGGUAGACCGAGCCCUCGUUAAUAAAGGGAGAUCAGUGGAGGAGUGCACAGACAGGUUCAGGCACCUGCUCAUGUAUGGCAGGAAGAAGGAUGCGUUAGACUGGGCCAUGAAAAAUAACCUUUGGGGCCACGCCUUGUUCCUGGCUAGCAAAAUGAACCACACCGCACACGCCAACGUCAUGAUGAGGUUUGCCAAUGUGGCCAUGAGGAUGAAUGACCCCCUACAGACCGUGUACCAGUUGAUGUCCGGGAGGCAGCCUGCGGCCGUCACUUGUGUGACAGAGGAGCGUUGGGGAGACUGGCGGCCCCACCUUGCCAUGAUUCUCUCAAACAACACGGCUAAACCCGACCUGGACAGGAAAUGCAUCAUGACACUUGGAGAUACGCUAGCAUCCAAGGGUUUUCUGCAUGCAAGCCACUUCUGUUACCUGAUGUCCCAGAUCUCCUUUGGCUCAUUCAACAAGAAGUCAUCUAAGAUUGUGCUCAUUGGCUCCAGUCACGGCUUGCCCCUCGAGUACUUUGCCACUAAUGAGGCCAUACAGUGUACCGAGAUAUAUGAGUACGCUCGCUCUCUCGCUAACACCUGGCUCAACCUGAAUAACUUCCAGACCUUCAAGUUCCUGUAUGCUACCAGGCUGGCAGAUUAUGGAUAUGCUCAAGAUGCUCUGCAAUACUGUGAGGUGAUCUCUCGACAAGUGAACACCAGCCCUGUCUACUAUACCCAUGUUCUAGUCAAACUCCUAUAUGAUCUAUCUAGCCAGCUAAAGUUUAGUGACCCGCAAUUGGAGGAUUCAGAAGAUGAGCAGGAUCCUGAUUGGUUGAGGAGCCUCCAUACAACACUUGUGCAAUUUGAGGAGGGUGCAAUACAGUCCCAUUCUGGCACAGUCACCCCGGCGUACCUGGGGGGCCGGACUACAGCCAGCAGUGACAGUGGGGAGGUCGGAAUGUACAUGCAGCAGCCAGACCAACAAGGGCAGGGCAUGUUAUACUUGAACUCGACCAGUGGAGUGUACAGCCAGGAUUCCCAGUAUCAACACCAGCCUGGGUAUGAGGGCGGUCAGGAGUCACAGUAUCAACACCAGCCCGGGUAUGAGGGCCACACCCAGGCCUACCAGGCCCCAGACGGUAGCCACCAGAACCACUUUGACCAGGGGCAGGUAACUCAGGGCACAGGUCAGGAAGGUCAGACUAUGGACACAACUGGGUACUACCAGCAGCCAGGGGCAGAUAACCAGUACCAAUAUCAGCAGGAUCCAUCGUUCCAGCACCAAGAGGCAGAUGGUGCCAACUAUGGUCAGACUCAAUGGCAGGACCACCAGGCUUUGACCAAUCACAGUACAGGAACCGAACCUACAAAUGAGGAGCAGGCACCGGCAGAAGUAGCCAAUCAGCAGCAGGCAGAGCCCACACAUCCAGAAUAUGCCAACACUGGAGAAUACCAUAAUUAUGUGCCGAAUCACUGGUCACAUGGUCAUCAAAGGGGACAACCAAACUUCCCUGCGGAUGUGAACCUCGGGGAAAGUCAGACAUCAGCAGUUUCAGGCCAGUCCACACAGUCAGGAAUGUCGAACAAGCGGAACAGUAUAGCGUCUGAAUCCAGUGUCACUCCAGAUGAGGGUGAAGAUCAUACAGACAGUAAUGCAGGCUAUGUCCAACAGCCGAGUAUAUUUGACCUGCAGCCUGCUGGGGGCCGUAUUGUUGCCCCCAAACUCCGGCCCCGUACCAUCUCAGAAAGUAGUACUGGGAGUGGGCCAAGAGACAGACAUCCGUCUGGACCUGGGUCUAAGUCACAGAAGACAGCUGACAAUGGGAAAGACCCUGGACUGGGAGGCAAACAAAAGGCCAGUGGAGGUGGUCUGCUGUCCAAGAUUGGAGGGCUUUUCUCCCGGAAAAAUGAAAUGAAGUUACCUGAUGAUAAAGAACCAUCAAUUGUAUGGGACCCAAACAAGAAGCGCUGGGUGGACAAGAACGCUGAUGAAGUAGAGGAGGCCCCUGCCCUCCCACCCCCUAAAGACCAUGAGCUUUCCACACCAGGGCCCCAGCCUCAAAGUCAGCCCACCAAUCCAGGCCCAGCAGCUCCAGGCCCCGCCCCAACCCCCUCUAACAUACCGUCUGGGGGUAACAAGUUCUCCAGGAAAAACUCGAAGGGUUUUGGAGCACGGAAGCAGUAUGUAGAUGUGCUGAACCCGAACCCAGGAAACUCUACAAAUGUUCCCAGCAGCCUCUUCCACACAUUACCAAACUCCAAAUCAGCUCCAGCCAUAUUCAACCCCAUGUCCCUGAAUGAUGGUUCAUCCGAGUCCCAAGACUCGAUUCCUGAAGAGGAAAGCAGCUCAGGGGCAGAUUACACCAACCAACAGGCAAAACCAGCUGGACACCAGCAGUUAGCUCCCGUGCAAGAAAAUGUUCCCUCAGAGCCGGGCACUAAUAGUGGGGGCGGCUCUUCCAUGCCGGCGAUGUUCAACCCAACCCAGUUUCAGCCAGCCAAUCAGGCGUUCAAGCAACCGGCACCGCCUGCCCCUGGCCACAGGCUCUCUAGUAGACGAGUCUACCCAAAACGCUAACAUUGGAGUGGGGAGGGGCACAGUGAUAAGGGGGUGAUGAAUGUCUUUGAAGGAAGGGAUGGUGUAGUUUGAUUGCAAGGCGGCAAGGAUUCAUCUCUUAUUCAUGGUUGCGGCAAUGACAUUUCUGAAAACACAUGUUUUAUACCAGAAAAAGUGUUGUAAAAUGCAAAUGUUCAGAGGGACAGAUUGUGUUAGACAGACUUUGUAAAUGGACAGACGAGCUAGUGAUGGUAUAAUGCAUGUUAAACCAGAUUCUGUGUCUGUAGAAAAGAUGGCAUUAUUAGAUACAAAAUUAUGCAUAUAGAAACAAGGGCUUAAGGUGUGGAAUAUUUGGUUUGGUGAAUAGAAAUAGUAAACUAGUACAGCUGCUCACCCAGUGUUCAUUUCUCAUGUCUUAUGUUAAAACAAGUUCAUAUUCACAGUUAGAUGGUGCAAACUCUAACCUUUUAAGAGGAUUUUACACCAUUUGGAAAUAACUCCCAUUCUGUUGAAAGAAGACAUUUCAGUAAUGGUUAUUUUUAGUGAGGAAUAAGACAACAUAACAUUAGCAAUGUUUUUAUUGCUAUCAAAUAUUAUCCAGUAUCGAUGUGGUGAAAUCUUUGGUAUUGACUUUAGAUAAAAUUUGCAAUUAAUGAUACAAAUAUAUAAUACAAUUACAGAUACUUAUUGGGGCUGCUUUGUAGUUACAUAUACAUAACUUCUAGGAGCACAGUGUUAUUAUUUUGGGUUUAACCUUGUUCUAGUCCACAUUAGUUUUAGUAUUUCGUUUGUUGUGGCGGGACAAAAUGAUAUGUCAUACCAUUGUCAUAGAUUUGAAAUCACGAAAGUAAUGUGUUUGUAUGAUAAAAGCAAUGUUUGGAUGUAAAUGUCAUUUCCCUUGUUUUUAAUCAUGUAUUUGAAUGAUUAAGAAAAAUGUUUGUAUAGAUGGAGAAACUAGAAUUGUUGACAAUUCUCCACCGUAAACACGGUUGUAAUGUUUCAUAAGAAAUUGUUGUAGUAGCUGAUAGGCAUAACAGUGCAAUUUGUUCAGAUUUGAUAUUUUAAUUAUUCACUAUGUACAUGCAUACCAUUAUAUUUUGCUUGGAUAAUUCUAUUUUAUAGCCUUCAUUUCUUUAAAGUUUUAAUAUACAUGUGCAUUGUACAUGGAUAUUGCAAUUUUAAAAACAUGUGACUAUUUUAUAAUGAAGUAAUGUAUUGAUGAUGAAAAAAAAAUUGUUGAUACCAGUACAGUGAAUGUUGCUUGUGUGUAUUGACAUGUAUUUCUGCACUUGUUACAUUCCCAUUUCUUUGUUUCAUUCUAACACCUGUUAACUGUCUUUUUUUGGUGUUGCCUCCGAAAUAUGAUCUACACAUAGGGAUGACUUUGUCUGGGGUCAUCUGUGUCAUGGAUGACUUUGUCAGGGGUCAUCUGUGUCAUGGAUGACUUUGUCUGGGGUCAUCUGUGUCAUGGAUGACUUUGUCAGGGGUCAACUGUGUCAUGGAUAACUUUGUCAGGGGUCAUCUGUGUCAUGGAUAACUUUGUCUGGGGUCGUCUGUGUCAUGGAUGACUUUGUCUGGGGUCAUUUGUGUCAUGGAUGACUUUGUCUGGGGUCAUCUGUGUCAUGGAUGACUUUGGGGUCAUCUGUGUCAUGGAUGACUUUGUCUGGGGUCAUCUGUGUCAUGGAUGACUUUGUCUGGGGUCAUCUGUGUCACAGAUGACUUUGUAAGGGGUCAUUUGUGUCAUGGAUGACUUUCUCUGGGGUUGUCGUGUGUCACAUUACGUUCCAAUCAAUUACUUUUAAAUGACUUGAGCCAUUAUCAGUAGAUGAGCCUUAUUGAUUUUAGGUAAAUAGAGCAAAGUUUACAACCAUGGUGACCUCUACAUGAAAAAAAUGAGCACUCUGACAGAUGAUACAUCCGAUUUGUGGAAUUCUAGUUUUAUUUAAAUUGGAAAGUAAUCAUAGCAUUAGCCAUGGGAACACUGACAAUUUGAAUGUUUUAACGUUUUGGAUGAAUUUGGAAUUGUUAUGGAAUUUUUAAACAAAAAUUACUUAACUGUAUGAUAGGGUUCAGACUAUUUUCCAGAAUACAACAUAAAGUGCUGAAAGUAAUGAAUAAAUGAUGCCAUAACUAUUAAACACACUGUGUAGUAUCAAAUAUGUUGUUAUUAUUUUACAGAUAGGAUAUUUAUUGCAGAAUAUUUAUUGCAUUACAUGCUGUUAUUUAUUUGAAUUUGAGAAACUUUAUUUAUCUUCUUCUUAUUUGUAAGAAAAAGUGUACUUUAUUUGUUGAUGUAUCACAUUUAAGUGAAUACAAUGUCUGCCUGGGUGUUGAGAUAAAUAUAUUCAUAAACAGAAUUUGGAUUGAGUUCAAUGUCGAUCAUGAUAUGUGGCAAUUAACUUUAAAAAGAAAAUUGUGACCGAUUAUUAUAUAGAAUAAAGGAAUAGGUUUUCAGUUUUGAUGCUCAUCAUUAUACUUGACCAUCAUUUGAUAAAAGUUUAAAAGGAAAUUCUUAUUUAAAUUUAAAAAAAAGUAUGUUGAAACUGCUAUUGUUGGCGUUGGCUGCAUUGCCAUCAUGCAAAAACUUUACUAUAACUCAAAAACUGUUCAACUUUGUGCACAAGUUGCAAGAAACAGGUAUAGCAAGGUCCUUAACUGUGACUUUGAGAAAUGUAGAGUUCUGCCCAUUGUUUGACUGAAAAACAACAGUUAUAGACGAGCAUAAAUGUAUUCUCCCUUGUGCUCUUGUUUGUUAUUACAUCCACGGGAUGGGUCAUUUUAGCAGUUAACAUGUUGUGAAUGGGGUCAUUUUGCUGUUGUCAUUCUUGCAUUUGAUUUAGAAAAGAUAAAGUAAACACAACAGAUUUGUAAAUUUUUGUUUUUCCAAAUUUUACUUUUUUUCCUUGUAAAAAUAUUAAAAUCCCAGCCUUUCUUCUGUUUUACAGUUGUACAAACAUCCUUUUUUUAUUUAUAAAUAUUGUUCUAAAUGAGAUAUUGUAAUUCUUUGUAAAAACAUUUGACAAAAUGAUGUUGACUGUAGACUGUUUGAUGCUGCAAAGAUGUGGUGUAUGAGUGUGCGUUACCUUGUUAAAGAUUAAAGCGGUGUAAAUAAACGAUCUCUAUAAAUAA